AUGGUCGGAUUUGAGGGCUUCGGCGGUCUGUAUCGUGGUUUAACUCCUCAGCUAGUUGGUGUGGCGCCCGAGAAGGCCAUUAAGCUGACCGUGAAUGACCUUGUAAAGGAUAUCUUCACUAAUUACGAAGGCGAGAUUCCUUUGUGGGCAGAAAUCCUAGCCGGUGGUACUGCCGGUGGAAGUCAGGUUAUCUUCACGAAUCCACUUGAGAUUGUAAAGAUUCGCUUGCAAGUGGCUGGAGAGAUUGCCUCAACCAAAAGGAUAUCUGCUCUCUCGGUGAUCAAGGAACUUGGUAUUUUUGGCCUCUACAAGGGCUCUCGUGCUUGCUUUUUGCGUGAUAUCCCUUUCUCAGCUAUCUACUUCACCGCUUAUUCACAUCUGAAGAAGCUAUUUGCUGACGAAAACGGCUACAACUCGCCGUAUACUCUGCUCCUAGCGGCCACAUUAUCCGGCGCCCCUGCUGCAUCGCUUACCACUCCUGCUGAUGUCAUCAAAACCCGACUUCAGGUAAUUAUAAUGAAUCGUAUCAUUUGUCUUUCUGAAUCCACUUCCAAACAUUAA